AUGUAUUUGACACGAUCAUCAUCGAUACUCUAUCAAAUAUUAAAUAAAGCUUUAAAUUUUUCAUUAAAGAAAAAAGAUGAAAAACAAUUCAUCAAUGUACGACUUCAACUAUUAGAUCAACAAUAUUGUUUAGAAAUGGAUCGACAAUUAUGGCAAUCCUAUUUAGAUAUUGGUUUACAACAACAUUUAUGGGCAGAUCAAUUUUAUACGAUGGCAAAGACAAAUGAUUUCGAUUUAUGUAAACAAUAUGUAAUGAAUUAUAUAGAAAAUAAUAAAAAACAAUUGAAUCAUUGUCAAUCUGAAUUAACAAAACAAGAAGAACAAUUUCAAACAUGUCCAAUGAUAGAAUUAUCAUUUGAACAAAUAGAACAACGACUUAAAGAAUUAGUGGAUCGUGAACGAAAAUAUUUAUCAAAAAGAAAUAAUGAUAAAUUGAUCAAAUUUAAAGAUGAUAUUUCUGAAAAACAACGAUUGACAACAAUAUCUACUUCUGCUCUUAUGAACAAUCAAGAAAACGAAUAUUUAAAUCGAUUGAUUACAAUACGAGAAAAACAAGCAGAAAUUUGGAAAGAACAAUUAAUGUUAGAAAUACGAAUUUAUUGCAAAUUUUUACCACUAAAUUUUGAUCAUUUGGAAAAUUUUAUCUCACCUACUGAUUAUUCACCAUUGAAUAAUAAUCAAAAAGCUAUUGAAAUAAAAAAUAAACAUUAUAAAAUUAUACAAGAAGCAAAACGUCAAUGGUUAAAUUAUUUCUUAAAUAUUUAUGAAAUAAAAAUACAAGAAUAUGAACAACAAUAUCAAAAUGAAUUCAUUAAAUUGAGAUCACUCUUCUCAAAUAAUAAUGAUACAACUAUGUUAAAUAAUAUCAAGGAAUAUAUCAAUAAUCGAAUAAAUAGAUUAAAAAAAGAUAUUUAUGAUAAAAUGAGAUUUUUUCGAAAAAUAAUACUUCAAAAUCGUCAACGUUCAUCAUCAACAAAAAAUGUUAUUGGUGUUUCACCUGAACCAUAUCUCGAUCUUAUUUCUAAUCCAUUUAAUAAACGUCAAUGGAAUUAUCUUUCAUUUGGGCCAUCUUAUAUAAGAGUAAAUCAAAGUGCUAUUCGUCCAAAAGAUCAACAAGAAACUGAAAUAAAAAAUCAACAUAAAGAUAUUUAUUCAAAAGUUGAAAAUCAUCUCACUGGAUAUCCUCAUCGUAUACCACGAAACAAUGCAAUUUUUAAACAAUAUUCAGAUCGUCUGCUCGAUUGUCUUAAUCAAAGUUAUUUUACUCCAUUAUCAUAUAAAGAUCAAUUAAUAAGCCGUGAGCAAGCACACAUUCUUGGAUCAAUUCGACGAAUAGUUGAAAAUAUGAAUCUUAUUAUUCGUGUCACAGAUAAAGGAAAUAAUUUUUAUACUGGUUCAGCUAUUGAAUUUGAAAAAAAAGCUCAAACAUUUUUCUCUGAUACAAAUGCUUUUAUAGAAUUAUCUUACAAUCCAUUCAAUGAAAUAUUAGAUAAAGUUAUACAAUUGCUCAAUACACUUCGUGGAAAAAAUUUUAUUCGUAAAUGGCAAUAUGAGCAAAUGAUGCCAGAUCGAACAAAUUCUGAAUUAGCUCAUUUAUAUUUUAAUCCUAAAACACAUAAGGAUGGUAUACCAGUAAGACCAAUUGAAAGUACUAUUCAUGCUUCAACUACAAAAAUUUCAAAAUUCUUAGACAAAAUUUUACGACCAAUAUUCGAUGAUAAAUGCAAAGAUACAACUAUUAUUGAUGGCGCUUCUUUAAUUACUGAACUUUCAAAAUAUAACAAAAAAGGUCUCUUAAAGUCAACAACUCUUUUUUGUACAUUUGAUAUUCGUAAUUUAUAUACAAUGUUACCACAAGAAGAAACAUUAGAUAUUCUUAUGACAUUUCUUCAUGUUCAUGGUUAUAGAAAAGUGAAGGGAAUCAGUAUUGAUACAAUAAAAAGAUUAGCUUCAAUUAUUCUCCAAGAUAAUGUUUUCGCUUAUGGUAAAAAAAUUUAUAAACAAACAACUGGUGGUGCUAUGGGUUCAUCAUUGACAUUAACUUUGGCUAAUAUAUUUAUGUCAAAUUGGCAAAAAAAUAUUGUUGAAGAACAAAUCAAGACAGGUGAAUUUUAUGGACGAUACAUUGAUGAUAUUUUUAUGACUUGGAAUAGAUCUGAAGAAGAAUUAAGAAAAUUUUUAGAUGAUGUGAAUACAUGCCAUCCAAAUAUUAAAUUAGACUAUAAAAUUGGUAAAAGUCUUCCAUUUCUUGAUGUACAACUUACAAAUAAUAAUGGCACACUAUCAACAUCUGUCUAUCAUAAACCUGCAGCUGAACCAUGUGUCACACCAUUUACAUCUGAUCAUCCUCGACAUAUUUUUUCGAAUAUUAUCAAAACUUUUAUUGAACGUGCUACAAGAUAUUCAUCAACAUUCGAAGCAUUUAACUAUGAACGACGUUCCAUUAAAUUGAUGUUGCUCUACAAUGAUUAUCCAUCAACAUUUAUUGAAAAUGAGUUUCAUAAAUACUUUUCGGAGUAUAUAUCAAAAUCACCAUUUCUACCAUUAAUUGAUGACGAACAAAAAUAUUUUCUUAUGCGAAAAGAAAUAUUAGGUCAACCAACCCCUCGGCAAUCACAAGUGGCAAUGUGUGCAGCACUGGCUAAUAUUGACAACGAUCCACCAGAUGAUGAUGAGACACAACAACCAGACCCAUGCCCAAAGAAAUCUGAGGAAAAAGUCUCAAACUAUAACGAAAAAUUCUAUACUCAUUUUACGUAUGAAAAACGUUUCGAAACAUGCAAACGUGAUAUGCAUCAAGUAUACAAUCAUGCAUUUAAAAAUACACCAGCAAUGUACAUAAAACAAAUCGUCGGAAACCGCAUCCGUCGUCAAGCACACAAUGAGCUGAUACGCAAGCGACCAAAAAAAACAUUGUUACAGAACAAAACACCAACCAACAAUUAUUUGUCAACUGAUGAAUCCCUUCAGCAAGGAUGA